UCAAUACUGUGUAUCUCGUCGUGGUCAGUCCGCAGAAGAUUUUUUUCGUGCUGGAGGUCUUCAAAACGACUCUUGCACUGCCACUCUCUGAUGUGGACUAAAUUCAUAGCUCUGCAAGUGGAAAAUAAUCUGCAUUUUUAACGCGCUGACGUCUGUGAUGCUGCAUGAAUCCGCAUGGACAAAAUGUGUUGGUGAUUGGGAAAGGGGAUCUUGAUCACAAACAAACAGCUGCAACAUAACCUAAAACCGGGACAGUGUGAGCGUUGCAUUUGAAGAUUCACGAGUGUCGUCACUCAUCGUGCGGUAAAAUCACCAUGCUGUCCUUGUGGUCAAUGAACAUUUGCGUGGGUCGAGAAGAUCGCGCGUUUGAGAGGAAAUCAUAUGUGUCUGACCAUGCGCUGGGCUGCAUCCCUAAGCUCCUCACAGGUGGACGACUUGCUUAAAUCAAUGAAUCAAUACAGAUAGCAGCAUGUAGCCUAGAUGCUAUUUUCUUUUUGCCGUGUUUUCCUGCCUCGGCUUACCGGAUGUUUUAUUUUCUACACCAGCAGAUAAAAAGGGGCGAAUAGGAGGACAUGCCAUAGUUAACAUUACUCGCCCACUGAUGUUGCUGCUGACAUUUGGCGAUUUGAUGUAUUGACAGAACAUGACAUAUGUGCCGAGAAUUCUCUCCGUAUCAGGACUUUGUGCCUGUGAUGAUCUAGUCGUCUUGGGAUGAGUCCCAAAUGACCGGUACCUUAUUUAAUUGUUUUUAAGUGGUUUCUAAAGCAGUUGACAUGUUAUGGAGACUGAGUCUAAUGAAUUAGAAUGGGCCUAUGGGCUACUACUGAAAUGGCAUCUUCUUGCGCGCAACAUCAAUGGUUAUUGUUUGCAGCCUAUCAAAUGUUGAAGUGGCGUCAAGAUGUUUACCACUGCACUUAGCACAAUGAACUCAAGUCUUUCAGGAAAUCUGAUAUUUAAUUUUGUAGUGAAUACAUAGCUUGAGUACUCAGAGAUAAACCUUGUUCAGAGGAACGCUUUUCUUUGAAGUCCAUUUUGGAGAGAAAUUAUGAUCGCAAGCAACAAUCAGUGAAACGGCCUAGUUUUAGGAAUGGGAAAGUUUUUUUAGGAAAGUUUAUUUAUUAGCUGUUACCUUUUAAACUGACGAGUGGUCAGGACUAAGCAGCAUGUCUAGAUCGAACAGUGUAAGCCCGCCCGGCGUCGGUGCUCCUGGGUUGAGGGGAGGGACGGAGCACAGAUCUGCUUGGGGCGAGUCAGAGGCCGUAGCGAACGGAUGUCCAUACUCGGCCCGAUCCUCCACCAGAAGGCUCGCACGGUCCAACAGCAGAUGGAGGGAGGAGGACGAUUUCGACCGACAACCGGGGCGAGCUACCACAACCGUCAGCCGAGUUAGUUUCAGGUCCAAGUCUGCGUGGCAAGAACAUGGGGAGGAGAGUCGCAACAAUAACCGUUCGUCCCCAAGGUACGCGGAUGGCGAAGUGAGACCCAAGUCGGUGGAGUUGGGUCUGGAGGAGAGGAGAACCAAAUCAAAGUCGGAGGAGGAGGACGCCGUGCCCGACGUCCACUUUUCUAUGUUCUCAAUGGUCGCAUGCUGCACCAGCGUGAUGCAUAUUUUCAAGUCCAAAAAGUUUCAGUCGGAGAAGUUGGAGAAGUUAUACCAGCGCUACUUUUUCCGACUGAACCAGAGCAGCUUGACCAUGCUCAUGGCUGUGUUGGUGCUUGUAUGUGCGGUCAUGCUGGGAUUCCACUGCGCCGGAGGCAUCUGUCGCCUAACUUAUGUGGUUGUUUUCUCAAUGGCUAUUUUGCUUAUCCUUGUGUUAAUGAUCGUGUGCAAUCGGAAUGGAUUUCACCAGGACCACAUGUGGAUCGUCUGCUACGUAGUAAUCCUUGUCGUGCUGGUAGUACAGGUGAUAGGUGUUAUUCUCGUGCAGCCCAGAAGUGCUUCGGAAGGAAUAUGGUGGACCGUUUUCUUCAUUCAUGUCAUCUACACGCUGCUCCCGGUCAGAAUGCGAGCAGCGGUCAUCACUGGGGUGGUGUUGUCUGCUGUUCAUGUCAUCAUUUCGUGGAAGCUCAACGAGGUGGACGUUCUCUUGUGGAAGCAGCUGGUGUCCAACGUGCUGAUCUUCUCGUGCACCAACAUCGUGGGCGUGUGCACGCACUACCCAGCCGAGGGCUCCCAGAGGCAGGCCUUCCAGGAGACGCGCGAGUGCAUCCAGGCUCGCCUCCACUCCCAGAGGGAAAACCAGCAGCAGGAACGCCUCCUCCUAUCUGUGCUUCCCCGCCACGUUGCCAUGGAGAUGAAAGCCGACAUCAACGCCAAGCAGGAGGAUAUGAUGUUUCACAAGAUCUACAUCCAGAAACACGACAACGUUAGCAUCCUGUUUGCGGACAUCGAGGGCUUCACCAGCCUGGCCUCCCAAUGCACAGCGCAGGAGCUCGUCAUGACGCUCAACGAACUCUUCGCCCGCUUCGACAAGCUGGCGGCGGAGAACCACUGCCUGCGCAUCAAGAUCCUGGGCGACUGCUACUACUGCGUGUCGGGCCUCCCGGAGGCGCGCGCCGACCACGCUCACUGCUGCGUGGAGAUGGGGGUGGACAUGAUCGAGGCCAUCUCGUUGGUGCGUGAGGUGACUGGCGUGAAUGUGAACAUGCGCGUGGGUAUCCACAGUGGGCGCGUGCACUGCGGGGUGCUUGGCCUACGCAAGUGGCAGUUUGACGUGUGGUCCAACGACGUCACGCUGGCCAAUCACAUGGAGGCUGGAGGCAAAGCUGGACGGAUCCAUAUCACCAAAGCCACGCUGAACUACCUGAAUGGAGACUACGAUGUGGAACCGGGUUACGGGGGGGAGAGGAACGUUUAUCUGAAGAAGCACAACAUCGAAACCUACCUCAUAGUGGGAUGCAGCCAGAAAAGGAAAGAGGAGAAGGCCAUGAUCGCCAAGAUGAACCGGCAGCGGACCAACUCGGUCUCCCACAACGCAGCACACUGGACCGACCGGCCCUUCUACAACCACCUGGGCGGCAACCAGGUCUCCAAGGAGAUGAAGAGGAUGGGCUUUGAAGAUCCCAAGGACAAAAACACGCAGGAGAACCUGAACCCCGAGGACGAGGUGGAUGAGUUCCUGGGCCGGGCCAUCGACGCGCGCAGCAUCGACCGCCUGCGCUCCGAGCACGUCAAGAAGUUCCUCCUCACCUUCCGAGAGCCAGACCUGGAGAAGAAGUAUGCCAAACAGGUGGACUCCAGGUUUGGGGCGUACGUGGCCUGUGCCUCCCUCGUCUUCUUGUUUAUCUGCUUCAUUCAGAUCGUCAUCGUGCCACAUUCGAGCCUGAUGAUUGGGUUCUACGUGACCUGUCUGAUCCUCCUGAUGGUGGUCAUGUUCAUCUCCGCCAUAUACUCUUGUUUUGGGGUUUUCCCAGUGCCUCUGCAGACGAUGUCCAAGCGCAUCGUCCAGUCCCGGCUGAACAGCAGUCUAGUGGGCGUCUUCACCAUCAUCCUGGUGUUCCUCUCCGCCUUCAUCAACGUCUUCACCUGUAGUACGGCCAACCUGAGGAUGUGCCUGGGUCGGGAGUUCAACGUGACCCCCAGCAGUGUGAACGCGUGCCACGUGCGGCGCUCGGCCUUCAACUACUCCCUGGGCACGCUGGAGGGCUUCUGCAGCAGCGGCGCGCCCAACUGCAACUUCCCCGAGUACUUCUCGUCGUGCGUGCUGCUGAGCCUGCUGGCCUGCUCCGUGUUCCUGCAGGUGAGCAGCCUUGGGAAGCUCUUCCUCAUGCUCUUCAUCGAGGUGCUCUACGUGCUCAUCCUGGAGGUGCCCGAGGUCACCCUCUUCGACAACGUGGACCUGCUGGUCAUGGCCAACGCCAUUCAGCACAUCAAUGGAACAAGUUGUGUGAUGGACUCCAAGGUGCCGCUGAAGAUUGUGACUCCGGUGGUCAUCACCGUGUUUGUGCUGGCCCUUUACCUCCACGCUCAACAGGUGGAGUCCACAGCCAGACUGGACUUCCUGUGGAAGCUGCAGGCCACAGAGGAGAAAGAGGAGAUGGAGGAGCUGCAGGCCUACAACCGGCGCCUCCUGCACAACAUCCUGCCCAAGGACGUGGCGGCGCACUUCCUCCAGCGGGAGCGGCGCAACGACGAGCUCUACUACCAGUCGUGCGAGUGCGUCGCCGUCAUGUUCGCCUCCAUCAGCAACUUCUCCGAGUUCUACGUGGAGCUCGAGGCCAACAACGAGGGCGUCGAGUGCCUGAGGCUGCUCAACGAGAUCAUCGCCGACUUUGACGAGAUCAUCAGCGAAGACCGGUUCCGUCAGCUGGAGAAGAUCAAGACCAUCGGCAGCACGUACAUGGCCGCCUCUGGCCUCAACGACUCCACGUACGACAAGGCGGGCCGCUCGCACAUCCGCGCCCUGGCCGACUACGCCAUGCGCCUCAUGGAGCAGAUGAAGCACAUCAACGAGCACUCCUUCAACAACUUCAAGAUGAAGAUCGGUCUCAACAUGGGGCCCGUGGUGGCAGGGGUCAUCGGGGCACGGAAGCCUCAGUACGACAUCUGGGGGAACACGGUGAACGUGGCCAGCCGGAUGGACAGCACAGGUGUGCCAGAGAGGAUCCAGGUGACUACUGACCUGUACCAGGUCCUGAACUCCUACAACUACGUCCUUGAGCACCGGGGGGUCGUGAAGGUCAAGGGCAAAGGAGAAAUGACAACUUACUUCUUGAACGGCGGGCCCAGCAGCAGUUAACACCCCUGACUCCCCCCUCCCCCAGACGCAGCGACAGAGGCCGAGGAAACAGUUACUCUGAGGGGGGGUGGAGAGGAGAGGAAGAGGAAGAUUAGUGGAAGAGGAGUAGAGGAGGAGGAGGGGGAGAGGUGGGAAGGUGGACAGACAAUGUUUGUGUGCAGCUGAACCAGCAGUAGACCUACAGGACACUUCAGCCUGACACUCUUCUGUCUCCUAUGUGUAUUGUUAUCAAACAGCCCCCCCCCCCAGCCUCCUAAUCUGUUGGGGGCUCUCUGCUUGGUUGGAAUGCUGUGGAGCCUUGACACCCCCACCCCACACGCCUGACUCCUUCUGAAAGGACCGGAGGACCUCCACAACACGGUGGCCUUUUCAGGGGUGCGCAGCAAAACACCAAAAGAGGCCAAAGAAGCGCCAACCUGCUGGACCAGAGACUUGAAAGCCGGAGUCCAAAAUGUCUGUUUUCCUUUAACUUGAGUGCAACAGAUCCUCGAACUCAGAAGUGGUCUUUUCUCUCCUCUUCCCUUCACUCUCUCUUCUCUUCUCUUCCUUUCACUCUCUCUCUCUCUCUCUCUCUCUCUCUAUCUCUCUCUCCGCCCUGAUGAGGGUCAGAGGGGCUGUGGUCACUGUGACUCACGCCUCUCGUUAAGGUCCAGGAGCUCUCCAUAGCCUGGCACAAGGACCCUGAACUGUGUAUACGUGUAACACACUUCAGCUGUUUUAUGCGUAUAUCUUAAAUCCUUGAUUUGAGCCAGUGUGUGCUUCACAUUGUCCUUUGAAACACCAUCGAGUGGUACAGAUGUGGCGGUGGUGUCAAACACUGGGUGAACUGUAACAUGGCUUCCAGGCCAGCCAAGACCCGUGGCACCGCCAACCCUUUACUGCAGAGGUUCUCCAACUCUACCUGGGAGGCUACCAGGCUCGCCUGAUGUAAGAAAACAAGAGCUCACAGUGUUAUCUGUCUGGGUACUUGAAUGAACAGAUUGAGACUGUGUGUGUGUGUGUGUGUUUGUGUGUGCGUGUGUGCGCGUGUGCGCGUGCAUGCGCACGCAUGUGUGUAUGCACAUGUGAUUGUGUGUGUGUGUGUUCGUAUGUAAUAUACACGUGUAUUUACACGUUCGUCCCAUCUCCCCAUGCCCAGAUACUCACACACAGUCCCACUGAUGUCCGUUUAAACUGAAGACACUUUCAAUGACAGAGAGAAAGUCCAAGUAAGGGUCUUUUGUAUUUAUGACAUUUUUGUAUUUUGACUCAAAAUACCAAACCUUCAAAUAUUUUAGAUUCUAUAUUUUCUACAUUGAUAAGAGAGCAGGCGUGAAAGAGAAAUCUAUGGACGCCAAUUAUGUGUAUUGAGAUGUAUAUAGCUGAUGGAAAUGUAAUUACGAGCGUGCACAUUUUUACACUCACUGCAACACAAGAGAACCACAUGGCGCUAGUGCGUUGAAAACCAUGUAGCUCCAAGAAUCACAUGGUCACCACUCUCAGUCUGAGAAGGCUUGUCCGAAUACCCCCUUACCACUCCUUUUUUUAUACCUACUACACAGGAAGAGGUUAGCUUCUCCUAACCCUAACCCCCCUGAGGUACACUAGGACAGGAUUACUGAGAAACGUAAGUUCAUGAAGGUUAAAUCAAACAGUGUUAAACAUUUUAAAAGGCCUUUUAAGGUUGUCAGCUAAGGUUGUCAGCUAGCUUGCUAGCCUGUUCAGAACGUGACACAGUGGUGUGAAUUGCUGUGGAGAAGGUUGUGUACCGUAAUAGUUUGUGAUAUCCGAAGUCACGGAGAUGAUGUCUUUCAGGAGCCUCAGAGCCAUUCCCUUUGCACUGCACUUCUGACAACCCCUGAGCCAACAUCAUCCCUCCCAAACCCUUACCCCCCCACCCCCAACUUAAUCAGAUGGUACGACCCAAUGAAUGUCCAUAGACUAUUCUCCAAUGAGGCCUUUGUAAUUGUAGGUGUAGUGAGUGGUUGCAUUUGCCACUGUAUAUCAAUGCCAAGUGGACUUGUGGGAGAGCCACAAGCACCAAUGACCUGCUGUUUAGUUCUUCUUAAUGUACCUGUUUUCUGGAAACACUUCAGCGAGCGCUGGUGUUGUCACGUUGAAAAAAAAAUGCUAUUUCAGGUUUCUUACAACACCUUCCUUCCAAUAGUUUUUUCUCUCUCUCUUCUGCUUAACCAGCGACUGUAGAAUGAGCCGUGUUUUAUGAGUGCAGUCUUGAAAUAGAUAUUGCCUUGCUUUUUUGGACCAAGUCUAUGGCCAAUGUUGUACCUUUUAGAGGGAAAACCUAUACGGACAUCAAGCAAAAGGCUUCCAAGAAACACUGUAGUUACUCCGAAAUAUAAUCAGGAACACUUUCUGACAGUUUAGUUAAAUAAACUCGCCAUUUUUUUUUUUUUAAACAGCAGAGUUUGGAAUUUAGAACUGUUUUGACUCAAGAUCUGUCUAGUCCCAUUUCUGUGCUUUAAAACGCAAUUCCAUUUAAGGUAGUGGUACUUAUGUUUACAUUUUUUUUUCUGUGUGGAAGAAAAACUACAUAUUUAUCAACCCCUUCCACUCAAACUAAAAUUACUAUGGUAGCCUGUAAGGCCAUCCAACUGGUUAAAGAGAGGGAAAAUCGGGUGAGUGCAAAUCCCUGCAGUUAAAAACUUUGGGUUGUCUUCUGCUUCUCUAUCAUGUUCAACACUAUUCUGUUUUUUUUACAUUCAAAUAAACCACUACAAUGUUC